AUGGAUUCUUCUGGCUUCGUAUUUGCGGGUCUAAAUUUCGAAUCUCCUGUCAAAAGGGACCUGUUUCUUCCAGACAAUGCGCACACUAUAUUGUCAUUGAAGCAAACAUGGAAACUGACAGAAUCCACGAGUGGCUUGACCGCAUUGACUGUGACAGCUGCACCCGCCGUGACUCUGGGGACCGCCCUCUUACACCGUCAUCCACCCCCUUUCCGAUUCCCAUUACGCGAAAAUGCACUUUCAUGGACAAUAGGACACUCCAAGAGACAACGACAUGGGGUAGAUGACUCCAAAUCAGUUUCAACUGCAUCAUCACGCGUCCUCCCUCUCCAUAAUGACAAUAUUCUCUCCCCAUCGGCCUCGACCAGCCAGCCACACCGUCGAUCUCUCAGCCCAGCGCGUCAGAAAACCAUCCUGGCCACCAGCGCAACACCCCGAGUUCGUUACCUUCACGAACUGGAUGACCCAGGUAACGACACGGCAAAGAGUCUCCAAGAAUUCCUAGCCGAAAGUAAUGACUGGGAACCGACAGCGCAAAAAAUCCAGGAGGCAGUUUCUGGCUCUUAUAAAUGUGCCACACAACAACGGAGUGAAAGCUCCUGGGCGACAGAAGUUACUCAGUCCAUGUUACAGGCUGCAAUUGAGGAUCUACCCCUAGAAGCCUGGGGCGUCCAGACGGAAUCAGUCUGUACCGAGUACGAGCCUCUUUAUACGGCUCAAGAUCGAUGCAACCGCAAAAUAGACUACGUCGUUGGGUUCCCGAAAGAUCACUGGAAGGAACUAUAUGUGAAGGUUGCUAGAAAGUUCCCCAACGGUUAUGUGAACCACGUGGACCAUUCACACACAGGGACACAUGUUCUAGGCCUUGGAUCUGAGAUUAAGCCGAAGCAUGGGAAUCUGAUCGAAGCCGAAGUCCAACUGGGGGUCUGGAUGGCGGGCUUCUUCUCAUGGGCGUUCAGGCAUCGGACGGGCUCAGAAAUCCCACCACCCAUGGUGGGAUGCAUUUCUGUGGGGGAAUCUUGGGAGUUUUAUAUCGUACACGGCGUUGCAAAUGAUUCGGUUGUUGAUGGGACUCAGAAGUUGGGAGAAGUUCGCGUCUGGGGCCCGUUGUCGGAACUCGCUGGUCGGACGUCAAAUAAUAGGACAUGUGUCGCGCUGGCCAAGACCCUCCAUCAGGUUAUGGUCUAUCUGUGUGGGAGUUAUAUUGAUAAGUUGCAGAAAAUAUUUAGUAUUUCUGGUUGA